UUCAAUUUCCUUGCCACAACAACCAAGAGAAAUCCAAUUCCCCAAAACACAUUCUUUGGCAAAACCCAAUAUGAAGGCCACAAAUUGUGUUCUUGCCACAAUGGCAUUGUUAAUAUUAGUGGUAGUGGUAAAUGGAGGUGAUGAUCAACCAUCUUCAGUAAAGCCAUUGGUGAAGAUUGUGAAGGGCAAGAAGUUGUGCGACAAGGGAUGGGAGUGCAAAGGCUUGUCUGCAUAUUGCUGCAACGAGACUAUUUCUGAUUACUUCCAGACCUACCAGUUUGAGAACUUGUUUUCAAAGCGUAAUACACCUGUGGCUCAUGCAGCAGGAUUUUGGGACUACCAUUCUUUUAUAACUGCUGCUGCGGUUUACCAGCCUCAUGGGUUUGGUACCACUGGAGGAAAACUCAAGGCUCAGAAGGAAGUUGCUGCUUUCCUUGGGCAUGUGGGCAGCAAAACUUCGUGUGGCUAUGGAGUGGCCACAGGAGGACCACUGGCCUGGGGCUUAUGCUACAACAAGGAAAUGAGCCCCAGCAAAUUGUACUGUGAUGACUACUAUAAGUACACCUAUCCAUGCACUCCUGGAGCUUCAUACCACGGCAGGGGUGCCCUGCCUAUCUAUUGGAACUACAACUAUGGCAAGACUGGAGAAGCCCUGAAGGUUGAUUUGUUGAAUCAUCCAGAAUACAUUGAAAACAAUGCCACACUAGCAUUCCAGGCUGCAAUUUGGAAGUGGAUGACUCCAGAAAAGAAGAAUCAACCAUCAGCUCAUGAUGUAUUCGUGGGCAACUGGAAGCCUACCAAGAAUGACACUCUGUCCAAGAGGGUACCUGGUUUUGGCGCUACCAUUAAUGUUCUCUACGGAGAUCAGGCUUGUGGGAAAGGCGACGAUGAAUCGAUGAACAAUGUCAUCUCUCACUACCUAUACUACCUAGACCUGAUGGGUGUUGGCAGAGAGGAGGCAGGGCCUCAUGAAGUGCUUAGUUGCGCCGAACAGGUUCCUUUCAACCAAGCUGCUCCCUCUUCAUCAUCUUCUUGAGCCUUUGCUUAUUGGUGAAGGCAAUGGUAAAUACUAAAUAGCGUGUCCAUUAUUGAGCUGUUCCUCUGAAAGGAAAGAUUUUAAUAAGGGACGGGGCAGGUAUAGUUUUGAGCAUGUGUACAACUUCUGAGAAGAAGAAAGAAUCCGUUCAAUUCUUGUUUUUUGUUUGAAUCUGCUAUUUUCUGGACAACUAUGGUGUAUAUUGAAUCAUUUAUGCCUUUCCUUGUUUA